GCGGAGCGCCCGGCGAGCAACCGUCUGAGGGACGGGGCGUCUGCGAGAGAGAGCGCUGCUCGGCCUGUCACCAGCCCCAGGUUUUCGCAGAUUACUUGAUUGUAUUGGUAGGACUACAUUUCACUUUAACUGUUGGAAAUUUAACAUCCAAAUCGAGAUAUACUGACUCUUGGGAAAGCAAAAUGAGGCAUAAUCAGCUGUGUUGUGAGACACCACCUUCUGUUACUGUUCAUGUAAAAUCUGGGUCAAGUAGAUCACAUCAGCCGAAAAAACCUAUUAACCUGAAGCGUCCUAUUUUUAAAGAUAGUUGGCCAACAUCUGAAAAAAAUGCACAGAAUAGCAACAAGUCUAAACGCCCCAAAGGACCCUGUCUAGUUAUACAGCGUCAGGAAAUGACUGCUUUCUUUAAAUUAUUUGAUGAUGAUUUAAUUCAAGAUUUCUUGUGGAUGGACUGCUGCUGUAAAAUUGCAGACAAGUAUCUUUUGGCUAUGACCUUUGUUUAUUUCAAGAGGGCUAAAUUUACUAUAAAUGAGCAUACCAGGAUAAAUUUCUUUAUUGCUCUGUAUCUGGCUAAUACAGUUGAGGAAGAUGAAGAAGAAUCCAAAUAUGAAAUUUUUCCAUGGGCUUUAGGGAAAAACUGGAGAAAAUUGUUCCCUAAUUUCUUAAAAUUAAGAGACCAACUCUGGGAUAGAAUUGACUAUAGGGCUAUUGUAAGCAGGCGAUGCUGUGAAGAGGUUAUGGCCAUUGCUCCAACCCAUUAUAUAUGGCAACGAGAACGCUCUGUGCAUCACAGUGGAGCUGUUAGAAACUACAACAGAGAUGAAGUUCAACUUCCCCGGGGACCUAGUGCCACACCGGUAGAUUGUUCACUCUGUGGUAAAAAAGGAAGAUAUGUUAGACUGGGAUUGUCUUCAUCAUCAUCUUUAUCCAGUGAUACAGUAGAGGUGAUGGAAAAACAUUCUCAGGAAUCACACAACUCAAUGAGCAAGAUAGUUGAUCCUUCUCAAGCUUAUAGCUAUCCUCAAGUAGCCAAUGACCAUCAAUCAAACAAAGAAAAGAAAACUAAUUUCAUGAAGAAAGACAAAUCUAUGGAGUGGUUUACAGGAAGUGAAGAAUGAGAUGGCUCAACUAAAACAACUUGGAAUCAUUAACUACAAUAUGUCAAACUAACUACAAGACAAAUGUCAAAGUGGACAUUUAAGCAGUUUUAAAAUGCUACACAUCUUUCUUUAGCUUUUGUUAUUUUUCAGAAUUAUAAGUAAAAGUUAUACAAAUCACAGUAAUAGCUAAAAAUACCAAUCUACAAAAGUAAUGAUUUGCAACAUAAAGUUCUGUUUUGAUACUUUUCUGUCUUCAAAUCAGUUGCCGUCAUCUGAGGUACUCAGUUAAGUUGUGGUUUGAACUUCCUCAACUUGACAAGAAAAGCUAAUUUAAGUGGGGGGAAAAGUAAAGGUCAUUAUAAUAAUUAGAAGAAAAUACCAUUUAAUAUGGCCUGAAAACAUUACUCACCUGUAUGACCAGUUUGCCAGUGUAUAGGUCUAGCAACAUAGGGAAAUGAUCCAUAUGGAAAAUCAGAACGUGAUUCUUCUGUUGUAGAACAAAGUACAUAUUGUAAAUUACAUAAAAUAUUUCAUAAUUUCAAAUAUUUCAAAACUGUUAAAAUACAAAUUAAUGUCCCUUUACUGUAAGCUUUUCUUUCACAUAUCUUUUUAGCAUUUUGUUUUGGAGCUAUUAUGCCAGUUACCUCACAGAAAUAAUGUAUCAAGGAUUACAUAAUAAACAUAUAUAUAUGGUUUUAUAACUAAACAGAUAAAUUCAUAAUCAAGGGAUAUAUGAACAUUUGCUCAUAGCCUAAAUAAUUUGUACAUACAACAAAGUCCUAAAUUUGGAGAAGUCCAGCCUCAUAAAUAGCAAAUAUCAGUUUAUUUGCAUAUCAGAUCCUAUGAAAUUCUUUUCCUUCAGUAAUAAUCACUGAUCUAAAUUUUAAAAAUUCUUUAGUAUAUAUAUAUAUAUAUAAAAUAUUUCAAGUUAAUCUCCUUGUCACAGGUAAAAUAUGAAUAUUAUAAAAGGCACGCAAAGUCAUUAUUCUGUCCCUUACAGAUUUUAAUUUAACAGCAUAAAUACCACAUUUAAAUACAAAAAAAAAUCCUUCAGACACAUUUUUAUAAUUUAUUGGUCAAUACACUCAGGAACCUAUUCUCCACUUACUACAUACACAUGCAUAAGAUAAAACCGAAGCUCACCGUGGCCAUCCUCCUGAAGCAUCUCACCAGGGCCAUCCUGAAGCAUCUCACCUUCAGCUCUAACCUUUUGAGAUUGUAAUUGUAAAUCCACGUUGAUUUCAGGCUCUACUCUUUGAGCUAAAAUUCCAUUUUUCUGUUUUGCAAGGCAAACCAACCAAUCUCUGACAAUGACUUCACUUAUCUUUUCACAUGAGAGAGCAAGUUCACAGAUGCGAAUUCCAUCUAAAAGUUCAAUAACCUGUGUGAUGCUUUCAGAAAAGUAAAAAAUGUACUUUAAGUUUCUAGUACAACUACUUUAAAUUUACUAUACCUAAAAGUAAAAAUGCAAGCUAGGGCACAUAAUAAGCAAUUUUAAAUAAUACUAAGUAAAAAAUAGAACAUAAUUUAACAUUAUUUGUUCACAUUACCCUUUUUAAACAUUUAUUCUAAAUUGCCCGAAGAAAAUGCAUCUUAUAUUGCCAUUUAUAUAAAGGAUGAUUUAAGCAGCAAUAUAAAUGAUUUGGGACAUAUGUAGUUUCCUAAGUUUUACAAGGUGACAUACACUGAGUGGCCAGAUUAUUAUGACCACCCCAUCAGUACUUCGUUGGGCCACCUUUUGCCUUCAAUACUGCGGCAGUUCUUCUUGGCAUUGACGCCACAAGAUGUUGAAAGGUGAUGCGAGGAAAUCUGACACCAUGCCUGAUGAAUAGCACUGUCUAGUUCUGUGAGAUUUGAUGGUUGUGGAACCAGCUGCCGGAUGGCUCUUUUAACUUCAUCCCACAAAUACUCAAUUGGAUUGAUAUCUGGUGAUUGUGGGGGGCCCCGAAGCAAGGUAGUCUCCCUCAUGUUCUUGAAAUCACUCCUGCACAAUACGAGCACAAUGGCAUGAUGCUUUGUCUUGUUGGAAGAAGCCAUCUCCAUUGGGAUAUGCCAUCAACAUGAUAGGAUGAACUUGAUCAGCAACGAUACUUAGGUAUGUUGUGCUAUUCAGACGUCGUUCCACACGAAUUAAAGGGCCCAAAUCAUGCCAGGAAAACAUGCCCCAAACCAUAACACUGCCCCCACCAGCUUGAAGGGUUGUACUUAUGCACAUGGGGUGCAUGCUUUAAUGCUGUUUCCGCCAAAUUCUCUAACAUCUGCAUGAUGCGACUGGAAAUGUGAUUCAUCAGACCACAUGACUUUUCCAAUGCUCGACUGUCCAAUCCUCGUGUUCCUGUGUGAACUGGAGAUGUUUUCUCUUGGUAACUGCAGACAGCAAAGGUGUUCGAACAGGCCUUCGGCUUCCAUAUCCCAUGCAGUGUACGGUGCAGUGUAUGGAUAAUUUGCCUACAAACGUCAGGUGGUCAUAAUAAUCUGGCCACUCAGUGUAUAUGCCUAACUCAGUUACAAAAUGAACAUGUGUUUAAAAUCACAAGUAUUAGCCACAUCACUCACUUUGCUAGAUAUACAGCACAUGUACCACCCUGUUUAAGAUUAGGGUAUAAAACAGGCAAAGCAACUUGAGGAUUCAACAUAUCCAAAGCUACCUGUGGGGGGAAAGGAGAAUCAGACUGAAUUUUGUUUAAUUACGGCAUAGGUUAUCAUGGUAAAAUGAUACACUUUUGGAAAGCAAUUACCCAGUUAAAGUACUGCAUUUUUUUGAAUAUUGUACUACUAUCUUAUUUUGCUGCUCCUCAAAAGAUAUAUUAUCACACAAUUUGUCAUAGUACUACAUAAAAAUGGUGAUGGCAUGCCCUAGCUGGCUUGGCUCAGUGGAUAUAGUGUCGGCCUGUGGACUGAAGGGUCUCAGGUUCGAUUCCAGUCAAGGGCACAUGCCCAGGUUGCAGGCUGUAUCCCUAGUAGGGGGCGUGCAGGAGGCAGACGAUCCAUGAUUCUCAUCACUGAUAUUUCUAUCCCUCUCUGAAAUCAAUAAAAAAAAAAUGGUGGUGGCAUGUCUUGCACUGGGCAAUGCUGGUAAUAAAGGAAUCCUUCCUUAGUUAUAUUUUAUAUACAUACAUAUGUAUAUACAAAGUUUCAAUGCUUUAGUUGAGCUUUUGGCAAUAGAAAUUCACAUCUCAAGUAUUUUUCUUUUUUUAAAGAUUUUUUAUUGAUUUUUAGAAAGGAAGGGAGAGGGAGAGAAACAUCGAUGCAAGAGAGAAAGAACAUGAUUCUUACACUUUACAAUGUCUAAAGUUAAUAUUCAGAAUUUUUCUUCUGAAUAUAAAAAAAAUAUUUGAGCCUGGCCAGCAUGGUUCAGUUGUUAAGCAUCAACUAUGAACCAGGAAGGUAUAGUUGAAUUCCAGAUCAGGGCACAUGCCCAGGUUGUGGGCUCAAUCCCCAGUAGGGGCAUGCAAGAGACAGCUGAUCAAUGAUUCUCAUCAUUAAUGUUUCCCUCUCCUUUCUGAAGUCAAUAAAAAUAUAUUUCAAAACAAAACAAAAACAUAUUUGAGCCCUAGCUGAUGUGGCUCAGUUGGUUGGGCGGCAUCAGUGCACCAAAGGAUUGCUGGUUUGAUUCCUGAUCAGGGCACAUGCCCAAGUUGUGGACUGGAUCCCCAGUCAGGGGCAUGCAAAAUAAAUAUGGUCAAAAUAGAAAAUAAAGUGACUAUUAUUGAAAGAUAAUUCCAGACAGCUAAGAGUAGUUGGCACAUCAAUAUACUUACAUAAUGCAUAGCACAUAAUUAGAAGUUAUUCUAUUGAUGUUUUUUAGUUUUUGUUUAAAAAAUAUUAAUGAGUCAAGGAGCAUAAUUAUUAAUUUAUUCACCAUUUGGGCACCUUUCAUGUGCCAAGCAUUUUGCUAAGUGGUAAGGAUAUAACAGGAGCUUACAUACUAUUUUUUUCAUAGGAACUUAUAUACUGAGUGGCCAGACUAUUAUGACCACCCCAUCAGUACAAUGAAGUGAAUUAAUUAUGCAAAUAAUAAUAAUAAUGAAGCCUUGAGAGUAUUUGCUUAGGAAGUUUUCAAUAUUCAGUAUUUUUGGAAGUGUCUAUGAAGUACUGAUGGGAUGGUCAUAAUAAUCUGGCCACUCAGUGUAUUCUAACUAGAGGCCCAGUGCAUGAAAUUCGUGCAUGGGUAGGGUCCCUAGGCCUGGCUGGCAACCAGGGCCAAUUGGGGCCUUCCUUCGUUCCACGCCACCCCCUGGUGGUCAGCGCAUGUCAUAGCGAGCGAUCGAACUCCCAAGGGGACAAUCUGCAUAUUAGGCUUUUAUAUAUAUAGAUGGAUAAAGGCACAGACAUUAAACAAAUAUCCAAUAAAUAUAUGUCAGAGGGUGAUGAGUGACAUGACGACCUACAUAAUUAUAAAGCAGAAUAUGAGGGAUAGAGAAUAUGAGGGCAGAGAAAGAAAGUGCUGUUUUAUACAUAGGCUGGUCAGUGACGAGACCUGAAGAAAAUGAUUAAGCUUAUCCUGUGGAAACUUAAAGGGGAAGUGUGCUGCAGGCGGCGAGCCAGCAAAGACAAAUGCUCUGAGGCUGUAUGAUAGUUGGAGAGUCUGAAAAGGCCACUGUCACUGGAGACAAAAUGGAGAGGAUGGUAAGAGAUGAGUUCUGAAUGGUGGAGAUGUGGGAGUGGGAGAGGGACAGAUUAUGUAGAAUCUUACUUAGGAGGAGAAAAAGCCACUGGAGAGUUUCAAAGAAUGAUAUAAUCUGACUUUUUAUAAACCUUUUUUCCAUAUUAAGUAUAACAAAACUUGCCAUUUUUAAAUGUAUAAUUUAGUGUCAUUAAGUAUAUUAUAACAUACUUUUAAAAACUAUAGAAAAGGCUCUAGCUGGUUUGGCUCAAUGGACAGAGCAUUGCCUUGUGGACUGAAGGGUCCCAGGUUCGAUUCUGGUCAAGGGCAUAAGCCCGGGUUCCGGGCUUGAUUCCCAGUAGGGCGGCGUGCAGGAGGCAGCCGAUCAGUGAUUCUCAUCAUGGAUGGUUCAAAAUCUCUCUCCCUCUCCCUUCCUCUCUGAAAUCAAUAAAAAUGUUAAAAAAAAAAAAAAAAAGAAAAGAAAAGACUGGGAGAGGGUAAGGAAGGAUAACGAUGGCUCGCAACAGCAAACAGCAUUGGAUGUGAUGAGAAGUGGCAUAAAUUUUGAAAAAGUAAGAGCCAAAUAGGAUUGGCUGUGAAAUGUGAGAGAAGCACAGGAGUCAGAAUGAAUCCUCAACAUUGUUAACGAAUACUCUUCUACAUCCCGACUUUAACUGUCUAAGAUACCUCCUGCCUGUUCCCUCUCAAAUAGAAGCUAUUUAUUCCCCCAAAAUCUCACAACAUGAGGUCAGGUGCUGGGUUCAAUAUGCUCCCAACACUGCUUUACCUAAAAAUGCUGAGGUUUAUGAUGCUCAACUCCUCCUCCUUGUUCACUACCCCUUAUUUAUUAAUAACUUUGGCAACUGAUUCAGUAAGUCUCUCUACUCUAAAUCCCACCAUGAUAUUGAAGGAAAAGUAUUCUUUCCAUGCCAGGUACAGAUAUGGGGCAAACAAUGAAGGAAGACCCUCUCCCAUACAAAAGAACUGUGAUCCUGGUUUUCUUCACACACAGUAUUAAGCCAUAUCCUAGGAACCACUUUUGAAAACUUACCGCAUCAAAUUUUAAAGAUUUUAUGUCUUCACUUGCUUCUGAAAUAUCUUUAUGAAUAAAAUCCACAUUGUCUGGCCACUCUUCUACAUGACUAAUUUUCCAUGAAUCACACCAUUGUUUGUAAUUCUUCUUAGCCAGUUCAUGGUGGUCUUUUCGUAUUUCAAAACUUAUGACCCGUCCUUGUGAUCCAACUUAAACAGAUAAUUUAUGACAUUUCAUAGAAUUAAUUAGUUCAUAAAAGAACAUAAAAAUUAUAUUGUAAAAGGGUAUAUGGGUCCUGGGUUGAUUCCCCGACACACACACACAAAAGUUACAUGGAUGU